GUCCGACUGAUGAUCAGGCUCUCAGUUCCUACAUCCUGACAUUUCGCCGGCUCAACGAAGUUAAACCUGAUUCACACUGGUUUCAUUGUGAUUAUUCAAACUCAACAUCCAAUAAUGGCUGUGAACACAGGCACCUCUCUAGUGCUCUCCAGUCUACUGUCAGUGCUGGUGUUUGCUGGGAUGCAGAUGUUCAGUAAGCAGCUGGGAUCUACCGAAUGGCUCACCAUCCUGGGAGGUUUCUUGGGAUCAGUCCUCUUCAUCUGCUCUCUCACUGCAUUUAACAAUCUGGAAAACCUGUUUUUUGGGAAGGGAUUCCAAGCCAAGAUUUUCCCAGAAAUUCUGUUGUGCCUGUGCUUGUCCCUGUUUGCCUCUGGCCUGGUGCACCGUGUCUGCGUCACCACAUGCCUGAUAUUCUCCCUUUUUGCCCUGUACUACAUCAACAAAAUAUCUGCUGCCCUGUACCAAGCAGCUGUUCCUUCAGUAACACCGGCCAAGGCUGCCAGCAAGGGCAAGAGGAAGAACUGAGGAAUCAAUUCAUCUUUUGGGUCACAUUUGCAUCCAGUUAAUCAGUCAAUAUUACCCAGAUGCACAUUUUGCCACUAUCAUUUUUUUAAAAAUUCAUGGUCCUUGUUUGGGUUUCUCUAAGCUUUUAAAUUUGGUUUUGGGAAUAUUACUUGUAAAGUAAUCAGAGUACAAGCUAAUAACCGAUGUAACAGCUUAGUGCUUUUUUUUGUUGAUAUAAAUUUCAUAAAUGGAAUAAUGUGUUGGUAUUUGUAAGUCCACAGAGAAUAGCUUAAUGGCAAUCUACAUUCCACUGUGAACAUUUUCUUAAACACUUUUCUUUUUUCUAUUUUUAAAAAACUGGUUGCAAAGAGAUUAAAAUACCCCAUCAAAUUAUUUGUACAUUCAUCAGCAUUCAUUUUGUAAUUAAACUGUGUGAAAGAC